AUGGCUGCUCCUCUUUCAAAGGAUGUAACUAACCUGACUGGAACCUGGCGCUUGAACAGGAAGCUCUCUGAUGAUCCUGAAGGCUUACUUGCCCUGCAAGGUGUCCCGUGGAUUACCCGAAAGGCUCUUCGUCUAGCUAGUCUUUCUCUCCAAAUGACCCAGUCAGUUUCAAUGUCUGAUGCUAGCAGCGAUGGCACCAGUGAUGGCACCAACACCUCAUCUGAUGAUGAUGGCUUCGUAACCAUGCUUCAUGUUAGACAGACGGUCAGUCCAGGUUCCUUCAACAGCGACUCGUCAUGUCCCGUAAAUGGUCAAGAGCAAAAGCUGUCUCUCCCCAUAUUCGGUGACAUCAAAAUGAGUCUACGAUACAUGAACACGUCCGGCAUCAAAGAUGAAGUUAUUCGUCAACAGUAUGAAGAUGGAUGUCCGACGAAGACGGUUAUUGAUGAAGAUGCUGUUAAUCUUAAGAUGGGUUGGACUGCUCAUGUGUUGUGGGGAUUUGAGAUUAUCAACGGAAAAAGGUAUUUGACUCGCAACGCAACGAGCUCGAGGAAUGAUGAGACGGUCGCUGCUCGAAUGGUCUAUGAUUAUCAGGAAUAG